AUGAAGCUCUACCACACCAGCUCAGAUCUGUCAAUUACUUCUCCUAUUCGCAUCGACUUGACCCUGCAUCGCGACCAAAAUGGAAUUGACCAAGAGUGCGUAUUCGUAUGGAAUAAGUUCAAAGCUUUCGCACGCACACAAUUCAUUUUACUCCAGCAGAAAGGAGACAUUCUUGAGCAGGUCGAUGUAGGCCAGAAAAACAUCGACCUGCUGCGUGACGAGGAUAACAUCAUGCAAGUGAAUGGCUGGAAUAACGGUCUAGAGCAGCUGCGUCCUGGCGGCUCACAAUGCACCGUAGAAACUCUCCCGGACAACUACCACAAAUUGCUGAUACCUGGGGAGAGGUAUCGAUUGAUUUGGCCAGGAGAGGAGAUUUCUAUGUGGGAUUGGGGCAGCAAACUGGAUCAUGUUGGGAAUGAACUCAAGUCCCAAAUGAUGAGAGAAUCAAAACUACCAAGACUCAUACUACCUGCAUGUGCUGGGGUCGAAUUUACAGCCAAAGAAGAGUUAGAGCCGUGGCCCGAUCGAGCCGAAUAUGAGUCAAAGUUCGGGUUUGUUCGUGCGAAUUUCAAAGAAGCGGAGUGGCGACUAGAACAAAACCCUCCUCCAUCACCUCCACCCAUUUCUCCAUCCGAACGAGUCCCGGAAGCUCCAAUACUGAAAGUAACACUUGAAGGAACCGGAUCUCAUGUGACCAGGAAUUCAGACUUUGUCGUAUCAUCUCAAGUUACCUACGAGAAGCCAGUUGGUGCUACUGGAGAAGGGAAACCAGUCACAUUUCAUAUUUAUGACUUCUCCUAUGCAUAUAGGCUCUACCGUCUCCGAGGAGGUAAGUGGAAACGAUGUGAAACGGAGGAUACUAUGAGGACAGGCUUCAUGAUAGUGGACCUUCCUGAUGAAACAGUCAAGGUCAAUCAGGACAAAGACUUCGUUACCUUGAGACCUGGGGAAUCAUGGACAACUCAGGAGACAGUGCAAAAGCCAGACUACACUCACAUUCCUGAUGACUCAGUUGUGGGAGAUACCUUCCGGUAUGUCUUCAAAGGUACUACAUUGGAUUGGUGGGAUUGGGGAAAUAAAGAAGACCAUUCUGGGACAGAGGUAACGCUACCGUGUUUUCAUUGGGGUAGUGUUGUCAAGCCUGCUGAUAAUGAUGGAAGACCAAAACUGGUAGUGCCUGGUUCGAAUGUGGUGGAAUUUACUAUUGUGGAUGGAUGA